AUGUUGAAGAAGUGUGCUCGUAUACAAGCUGCUGAAUAUAUUAAACGAGAAGAUUUUGAUGGAAAAAAGGCUGUUGAUGAUUUUAUGGUGUUAUUUGAAAAUGAUUACCCAGUGACAAUUAAUAAAAAAGUUAUAGAGGAUCAGACAAAUAAACGGCGAGAAAAACAAAUUAUCCUUCCUUCAAAAUCAGACAUCCAAAAAUUGUAUAACUAUACAAAAAAUUUAUGUGAAGAAGCGAUGGAAAUUCUUCAGAAAGAAUUUGAUCUUAAUGCAUGGAGAAAAUUAUCAGAAGGCAGUCUUAUUCUCGUUCAAAUGUUUAAUCGACGAAGAGCUGGUGAAAUUGAAAGACUCUCCAAUGAAAACUAUGAAAAUCAAGAGACGAUUGACAAAGUUUUCAAUCUUGAUAUAUUUGAUAAUAUAUCAAAAGAGUCUCAAAAACAAGCCAAGCAAUUUGUUCGAUUAACUAUAAGAGUCUUUGCUGUACCUGGAGUAAAAAACUCUCCGAAGAAAGGUUAUAUCAGAGCUUGUUAUAUAAUGCGAAAGUUUGCUAAUGCCUGUGAUGCAUCGAUCCCUACUAGUUUACGAGGUACUAUGCUUCGAAAGCAUAUCGCUACUUACACUGCUAUGUUGCGAGUAGAGGAAAAUCAAGUUUCUGAUCUAGCAAAUUUUAUGGGACAUGAUAAACAAAUCCACAAGGAUGUGUAUCGAGUCCCUAAUGGACUGAUUGACAUGACUGAAGUAUCUCGUUUGCUGCAAGCUGCAAUAGGCGAUAACGAUGAGAAUGAAGAUAGUAAUGAAGAAAAUGGCCAAACCAAAGAUGAUACCAAAGAUGACAAUAUGCAAACAGAAAAUGCAUCGAGUGAUGAUGAUUUUUGUAAUGGUAAUAAUAAUGUCAAUAUUAUUGAUGAUGAAUCUCAAUCACAACCUUCGAGAAAACGUACUCGCAAAUGUGUAUUAAAUUAUGAUGAUGAUAGUGACGAUGAAAUUUUAAAUUCCAGUACUCAUUGCUCAAGCUUCUUACAGCAAAGAUCAGUAAAACGUAUUAAAUGGACAGAAAUGGAAAAAAAAGUUAUUAGGAAAAACUUGGGCGAUAUUAGUAAGCUGCUCAAAUUACCAUCACUGGGAAAAUGUAGAGCUUUGAUUCAACAAAAUAGUUGCUUGAGAAGAAGAACUCCUGAACAAUUAAAAUCCUGGAUUGACAAUCAGCGCAAAGACAAAAUCAGAAAAAGAAAAUAUAUGCAUAAUAAAAAUGCUGAAUUAACACGAAAAAAAUAG